AUGGUUGUACCGUCUCCUUCUCCGAUGCGAACCAAGAAAACCAAGGCAGUAGGGAUUCCCACCAUCGAUCUUUCGACCUACAACAGGUCGAAGCUAGCAGAACUGAUCGUCGAAGCCUGUGAAGAAUACGGUUUCUUCAAGGUUGUGAACCAUGGCGUCCCAAAGGAGGUGAUUGCCCGGAUAGAAGAAGAAGGGUUUGGUUUCUUCGCAAAACCAGCAGCGGAGAAGCAACGAGCUGGCCCAGCCUCACCAUUCGGCUAUGGAAGCAAAAACAUUGGCCGGAAUGGCGACAUGGGCGAGCUCGAGUACCUUCUUCUUCAAUCCAAUCCUCUCUUCAUUUCUGAAACAUCCAAUGCCGUCUCCGAUGACCCUACAAAAUUCAGCUGCGCCGUAAACGACUAUAUAGAAGCAGUUAAAGAAUUGGCCUGUGAGGUUCUUGAUCUGGUCGGAGAGGGUCUAUGGAUUUCCGAUAAGUCUGUGUUGAGUGGUUUCAUCAGAGACGUCCAGAGCGACUCGAUUCUCCGGCUGAACCACUACCCACCACUGGACAAGGACUUAUCGACAAAGCUAGCUCAUCCUUGUGCGAAUAAUAACACUAGGAUUGGAUUUGGAGAGCAUUCCGACCCUCAGAUCUUGACCAUUUUGAGAUCCAACGACGUCGGAGGCCUUCAGAUUUGUCUUCAUGAUGGUCUGUGGGUUCCAGUCCCGCCGGACUCGAAUGAGUUCUUUGUCAUGGUCGGUGAUGCCUUGCAGGCUUUGACGAAUGGGAGGUUUGAGAGUGUGAGGCAUAGGGCAAUGGCAAACUCAGUAACGAAGCCAAGAAUGUCUAUGGUCUACUUUGGAGCACCAUCCCUAAACGCAUGGAUCUCGCCCCUCCCUGAGAUGGUGUCUCCCCAGAAGCCAAGUCUAUAUAAAUCCUUUACAUGGGGUCAAUACAAGAAAGCUGCAUACACUACACGUUUGGGAGAUUCUCGUCUCGACAAUUUCAAAAUUGCAAAUAAUCCAUCUCCAUGCUUGGACAAUCUUGUUGGUCAAUAGAAGCAGUACGCUGAU